AUGGGAGGCCUCCCCAUCAUCGACCUAGAUCGAUAUCUCCACCCCACCUCACCCUCGGACCAGCAAGCCGUAAUCGCAGAGGUCCGCGAGGCGUGCCAGCAGUAUGGUUUCUUCCAGGUCAAAGGACACGGCGUGUCCCUGUCGCAGCAGGAGGGGUUGAUCCAGGCCCUAGACAACUUCUUCAGUCUUCCCGCCGAGGACAAGGUCAAGCUUUCGUUUCUCAAGAGCCCUUGUCGCCGUGGGUAUGAAGCGUCGGGAAUGUCCCUUCGAGACGGGGACGCCUUGCCCGACUCGAAAGAGUCCUUCUACAUCGGCCGAGAAGACCCCGUCGUCGAGCCCCCCGGCUUCCACGGCCCAAACGUCUGGCCCGAUCUCCCAGACCACCAAUUCAGACAGCCAGUCUGGUCCUACUACGAGCAAACCUCCUCGCUGGGCAAACUCAUCUGGCAAAUCCUCCUGCAAGGGCUAGGCUUCUCAACAACCCUCAUGGAAAGCUUCACCAAGCGCCCCAUCAUCAUGAUGAAGAUGAUCCGCUACCCGCCGCUGAGCGCAACCCUCCCCGGCCAGUUUGGCGUAGGCGCGCACUCCGACUUCGGCGGCGUGACCAUCCUGCUCCAACAGCCCGGCAGGGAGGGUCUGGAGGUUUGGCACGAUGAAAGCGAGGCCUGGUUGCCCGUGCCUGCCGUGCAAGACGUCCUCGUCAUUAACUGCGGCGAUAUGAUUCAGAAAUGGUCCGCGGGGGUGUACAGGAGCGCCAGGCACCGGGUGAUCAACAAGUCUGCUGACGCGGAACGAUUCUCCUGUGCGACGUUCUGGCAUGGGGACUUUUCGGCUACCAAUCCUUUGAAUCCGGAUGAUCCUAGCAAGGACACGGUGGGGCAGUUGCUGCUUAGACGGUUUGGGAAUCAGUUUUCGCUUUCGAAGGAGGUUAUGGCUGCGGCGAAUUAG